AUAGCGUCCAACAGCUGGAAUGCCAGCAGCAGCCCCGGGGAGGCCCGGGAGGAUGGGCCCGAGGGCCUGGACAAGGGGCUGGACAACGACGCGGAGGGCGUGUGGAGCCCGGACAUCGAGCAGAGCUUCCAGGAGGCCCUGGCCAUCUACCCACCCUGCGGCCGCCGCAAGAUCAUCCUGUCGGACGAGGGCAAGAUGUACGGUCGCAAUGAGUUGAUCGCACGCUAUAUUAAAUUGAGGACAGGAAAGACCAGGACAAGAAAACAGGUGUCCAGCCACAUACAGGUUCUAGCUCGGAAGAAGGUGCGCGAGUACCAGGUUGGCAUCAAGGCCAUGAACUUGGACCAGGUCUCCAAGGACAAAGCCCUCCAGAGCAUGGCGUCCAUGUCCUCGGCCCAGAUUGUCUCCGCCAGCGUCCUACAGAACAAGUUCAGCCCACCCUCCCCUCUGCCCCAGGCCGUCUUCUCCACUUCCUCACGGUUCUGGAGCAGCCCCCCUCUCCUGGGACAGCAGCCUGGACCCUCUCAGGACAUCAAGCCCUUUGCACAGCCAGCCUACCCUGUCCAGCCACCCCUGCCGCCAACACUCAGCAGUUACGAGCCCCUGGCCCCGCUCCCCUCAGCUGCUGCCUCCGCGCCCGUGUGGCAGGACCGCACCAUCGCCUCCUCCAGGCUGCGGCUCCUCGAGUAUUCCGCCUUCAUGGAGGUGCAGCGAGACCCCGACACGUACAGCAAACACCUGUUUGUGCACAUCGGCCAGAACCCCGCCUUCUCGGACCCGCCCCUGGAGGCGGUGGAUGUGCGUCAGAUCUACGACAAAUUCCCCGAGAAGAAGGGUGGCCUGAAGGAGCUCUACGAGAAGGGGCCCCCUAAUGCCUUCUUCCUCGUCAAGUUCUGGGCGGACCUCAACAGCACCAUCCAGGAGGGCCCUGGAGCCUUCUACGGGGUCAGCUCCCAGUACAGCUCGGCCGAGAGCAUGACCAUCAGCGUCUCCACCAAGGUGUGCUCCUUCGGCAAGCAGGUGGUGGAGAAGGUGGAGACCGAGUACGCCAGGCUGGAGAACGGGCGCUUCGUGUACCGCAUCCACCGCUCGCCCAUGUGCGAGUACAUGAUCAACUUCAUCCACAAGCUGAAGCACCUGCCCGAGAAGUACAUGAUGAACAGCGUCCUGGAGAACUUCACCAUCCUGCAGGUGGUCACCAGCCGGGACUCCCAGGAGACCCUGCUAGUCAUUGCUUUCGUCUUCGAAGUCUCCACCAGCGAGCAUGGAGCCCAGCACCACGUCUACAAGCUCGUCAAAGACUAG